UUUAACCUUUCUUGUGAGAAAAUGAAAAUGCAGGUUAUGCUCAGGAAUACAAUAAUAGCAUGUUCUCUUUCGAUUCGAUUCAGGUUAAAUUUAAUCAAAUUAUUUACUAUUAUAUAUCCAAUAAAAUAAUAUAUCCAUCACAAUUUCCGAUACACAUUUUCCUUCCUACUUUCCUCCGUAAAACACAAUUUUCCUUUCAAUUUUCUUAACCUCAAAAUUAUCCCUCCCCUCCUAAUUUCCUUCCCUUCCCCUCCCCUCCCCCAUUUUCCUUCGGGAACAGAGGGUUUCCUAUUCCUGAACACCAAGAGAACAAAUUGUCAUAAAUAUUGUUGGAAACUGUUCAUCUGCUAGCCUGACCAACUCUCUACGAACAUUCAUCGUGAAAAGAGGGCCAAUGACAAUAAUACCUUUCCGAUUAUCAGAUCUUUCAAUAAAGCAGCUACUUGUAAUAGCAACAUCAGCCCUCUUCCGUUUUAAAUUCCAGAAUCCGCUCCUCGAUUGCUGUUUGCUGAACUGGCUCUGGGUAAAAAAACACACUGCACUACGGAAGGCCAAUAACUAUGUCAGAAUCUGAUACAAGCUGCUAAAUGUAGUAAAUAACCUUUAACCUUGGUGGUCAACAACAGCCCACCAAGCGUGCAAUGCAUCACAAUGCAUGCAUAUCACUUCUCUGAGUUACUGAACUAAAGCACUUCAAAAAGGAAAGAAAGAAUGAGUAACGACUACCAGACACUUGAUAAAUAUGGCAAUGGCAUUGUUUAACGCCAUAUGCAGAAAUGGAAUAAAAUGAGAGAGUAAGGAAGAAUUAGUUUUGUGUGUCCCAGCCACCUUAUAUCUGGGAAGACAAUAACGACUGCUACUUAACAAACCCCCACUGGCCCGCAUGAAUUUCCCAUCCUAUUUCUGGCCAGGAUAUGCUCAGCGUAAAAUAAUGAAGAUAAUCUGAAUCGAAAGAGAACAUGCUAAUUAUCUUUUCAGUAAAAAAUGCCGCUUAUGAGAAAAUGAAAAUGCAGCAGCUAAUCAGUAGAAAUGAGACACCAAAGACCAAUGACCGAUAUAACAUAUAUUUAUUCUUUUUUUGGUAGAAAGACAGACACCAAUGGCGUUCUUGGGAUAUACCCAUGACAUCAAAAUUGAUCCAGUGACAAAGACCUGAAUCGCACACAUCGAUAGAAUGUGUACCAAAAUGAAGGCUAUGGCGUCUAAUAGCUAAGAAAUCUGCAGCACAAUAGCAUUCUCUCUAUAAAUAUGCUCAAUCCGAACUUCCCAAGUGAGUGAAAGGAGCCCGCUUAAACUCCAGCGCAAGGGUACCAUAUCUAUGGUCGUCAUCAAUCAUCAUCCCUGUUCUUGAUGAUACUUAUAGCCGUGGUAGAGUCCAUACACAACUUGAUUUUUCUGUAUCCUUUCCUCCAUGUUGUUGCAACUCCUGUUUCAGCACCUUUCAGCUCCGCUCUUGUAAUGGUGCAGUUGCCGAGAUUCAUUGAGAAGGCCUCAUGGCAGCGUCCAAGGUGGUCUCGCAAGAGUCCUCCCCCAGCAGCUUUCCCUUCUUCAGCAUUCACAGAUCCGUCUGUGUUAAUCAUCAUCCAUCCUUCGUCUGGUAGUGACCAAGCAAGAUGUCUCCUCUCUUUCCUUGUGAUAUCCCCUGCCUUGAUCAUGUCAAUGUUUUGUCUUGCACUUCUCACAAUAUUGAAAUAGGCAAGGAUCCGGUGCAGCAGACUUUGUUCACAAUACUUCUUUCCAUAAGGGAUUUCUUCGUUACGCUGCUUCCAGAUAUGCCACAGGAUGAUCCCAAAAUCAAUCCCCUUCUCUUCAUCCUACGGGUUUUCGAUAAUCCCGCUAUCAGAGACAGUGACGGAAUGUCUAAGCUUCCUCCAAAGUCCUUCAGUUUCUUGCACUGUCUAAGAAGAUGUUCUGUCGUUUCCUGGCUGCUGCAUCCCGGGUGCUUACAGCUUCCAUCAUUCGUCAGCUUCCUUCGAGCUCUUUCCUGGUUGGUCAGCAGUCUCUCGUGCAAUGUCAGCCAAAGGAAGUGUCUGAUCCUCUUUGGUCCUUUCCACUUCCAAAGCUUCCUCCAUUCUUCCUCUUCUGUUGGCUCGAGCUCCUCGGCAGCAAGCUUGUAUGCUGACUUGAGUCUGAAUCUGCCAUCUGGCUCCAGCCCCCAAAGAGUUUUGUCAUCACCUUGUCCUUCCUUUGGCGUUUCAGCACCUGCAAUUAAAGACAGAACAUUCUCAGGGAGUUUUCCAUGCAAUCGUUCCCAAUUCCAGUCCCCUGAAAGAGUGACAAAAUUGCACACAGGUGCUCAUGGACCAAUUUUUGAAGCCAAAGUGUGGUCGUUGUUUAACCGUGAGGAUGAGGAAGUGAUUGGGAAUUAGGGAUUUCAAUUUUGUUCUUUCUUACUCCUGAAGCUGAAAAUAAUGUCAAAGCCUUGAAUAAUUCAAUACAACAAAAAGCAAAUAAAAAAAUAAUAAUUAU